UUCCAGACCCUUGCUGUCAGCACCCUUGCUGGUCUCGUGGCCGCUGCCCCGCUGGGAACUCGGACCCUGGAGGUCACCGAGAGAGGAGAGGCUUUGGCCUCCCGUUCCACCAGCGCCGUCGUGACCGUCAGCGCAUUGGCUGUCAGCACCAUCAACAACUCCCAGGGCAAGAGCACCGCCCAGAACUCCUACACCUUGUACACCGGCGACGGCUCCACUGCCGCCGGAUGGCCCGCCCAGUCCGAAUGGCUUUCUUUUGACGCAAUGUGGGAAGCCAACAAGGACAUCAUCUCCGAGUCCUGUGAGAACAACGGCUGGGGCGAGAACAACUCGGAGACCGAGACUGCCGACCUCAAGGCCGCCAUCCAGCAGGUCGCCAAGGAGUCCAAGGUCGACCACCGCUUCAUCCUGGCCGUUGUUCUGCAGGAAUCCAAGGGCUGUGUCCGUGUCAAGACCACCGCCAACGCUGUGAGCAACCCGGGUCUCAUGCAGAGCUACGAGGGUACCGGUACCUGCUGGCAGAAGAGCACCUGCUCCAACGCGGAGAUUGUCCAGAUGAUCCGUGAUGGAUCUAUCGGAACCGCCUACGCUGAUGGAUAUGGUCUCGCUCAACUCAUCAACAUGGCCGACCGCACCACCGUCGCCGGUUUCUACCGUGCUGCCCGUCUCUACAACUCCGGUGCCUACUCCCUCGAGAGCACCGACAACCUGGUCUCUACCACCGGUGCUGCCACCUCCUGCUACGCCUCCGACAUUGCCAACCGUCUCCUUGGAUGGACCACGGCUGCCACCAAAUCUUCCUCAUCCUGCGAUCCCAGCGAUGGGGAAUACACCGGCGACCCAGCACGCAAAUCCAAAUCCAGCCCCACAACCUCCCCAUCCAAGAAGGUAUUCUGUUGUGAGUAUGUUAGCUUUGGUUUGUGGGGAUGGGGAUGGGGAUGGGGAUGUCUUACGACGGAAAAUGCUUCUUGUGAGAGGCGUGUGUACGAUGUCAUGCCAGUCGGCCACGCGAAGACUAUGCACGAUGCGUCCCAGAUGCAGAGCACUAUCCCGCAGAUAGACUCCCCACAAACAUCCGGGGUAGUCCAUCUAGAGAGAUGGACAAGCAUCAGCUUAUGGGGGUGCGCGGUGCUAGAAUGUCUCGCAAGCAUGAUGUACACCUUCAUGUUGAACUGGGUAUCAACCAGCCCUUUCCCCCCCGGCAACGCUAGCCUCGACCCCCCCUACAAUCUCGAUUCGGUCCGCUUCCUACCUGCCACUCUCGUGAACGUGCUCCUCCUCCCGUUGAUCAUCUAUACCUUCGCGCGCUCGACCGGCGGCCAUGUGAAUCCGAUCAUCACACUAGCGGCGUACUUUACCCAGGGUAUAUCCUGCUGUCGGGCGGUUUUAUACAUUGUGGGUCAAACGAUAGGUGGUACUCUGGCGGGUUGGGCCAUACGGAAAGCAUACGGGGGUACGGAGUUUGUUGUGAGAGGGUGCUUUGGUGUGGAGGGGGUAUCUACACGCGAUGCUUAUCUGGUCGAGACCAUCUCUUGCUUUGCUCUGAUUGCCGUCGUGUUGGCAGUAUCUGUUGAUCGAAGAUCGGGAAGAAUGUAUAGAGAUGCUCUAUCCCCAUGGGUAGUGGGCAUUGCCACGGAGGCUGUCUUCUGGGGGUCGAGACUCUUAUGGCAGGGGUAUCCUGGUGCGAGUAAGUUACAGUUACAGUGUCCCUUGGAGUGCAAUUGCUAA